CCAGAUCAUUUCUUAGAUCUCAGACUUAGAACUCAGUUAGGCGGGGUUUCAAUUUGAUUGCAGGGACGUACCUUUCCGGUUAAGAAAAGAAAGCCUCAAAACUCAGGAAACAAAACCUAAACCCUUGGCGACUGCCUCGGAGUCAAGGUGCUUUUCUCUCUGCCUUUAGUGGAGUCUAGCACCUGUGCCUCUCUUAGAGGCGUCUGGAGAGCUGAGUCGCCGCUGGUGCCAGGAUUCUAGGAAUUCAGCGCAAAUUCAGCUCACUUGAAGCUGCAUAAGAAAGACUUACAAAUGGAAGCUCCUCGAUCAGGAACGUAUUUGCCAGCUGGGUAUACCCCUCAGUAUCCAUCAGCAACCCCUCCAUAUCCAUCAGCAACAUUCCAAGGACCUCCAGGACAUAUUGGACGCCCCAUACUCCAGACUAACUACCAAGUUCCCCAGUCUGGUUAUCCAGGGCCUCAGCUUGGCUAUACAGUCUCAACAUCUGGACACGAGGGCUGUGGUGCAACAAGGCUUCCUAUUCAAAAUAACCAGACGACAGUCCUUGUAAACACCCAGUGGAUGCCAGCACCGCCACCUCUUCUGAACUGCCCACCUGGGCUAGAAUACUUAAAUCAGAUAGAUCAGGUUCUGAUUCAUCAGCAAGUUGAACUUCUAGAAGUCUUUACAGGCUUUGAAACAAAUAACAAAUUUGAAAUCAAGAACAGCCUCGGGCAGAUGGUUUAUGUUGCGGUGGAAGAUACUGACUGUUGUACUCGAAACUGCUGUGAAGCAUCAAGACCUUUUACCUUGAGGAUUCUGGAUCAUCUGGGCCAAGAAGUCAUGACUCUGGAGAGACCUCUGAGAUGCAGUAGCUGCUGCUUCCCCUGCUGCCUCCAGGAGAUAGAAAUCCAGGCUCCUCCUGGGGUGCCGAUAGGUUAUGUGACUCAGACCUGGCAUCCAUGUCUGCCAAAGCUCACUCUUCAAAAUGACAAGAAGGAGAAUGUUCUAAAAGUUGUUGGUCCAUGUGUUGCAUGCACCUGCUGUACAGAUAUUAACUUUGAGAUCAAGUCUUUUGAUGAGGUGUCUAAAAUUGGCAAGAUCUCCAAGCAGUGGUCUGGUUGUGUGAAAGAGGCCUUCACGGAUUCAGAUAACUUUGGAAUCCAGUUCCCACUAGACCUGGAUGUGAAGAUGAAAGCCGUGACACUUGGCGCUUGUUUCCUCAUAGAUUACAUGUUUUUUGAAGGCUGUGAGUAGAAACAAAACUCAGACCUGUGGUGGGGACCAUUGAAAGACGACAGAGAUGAUCUGAAGUCUACAUGAUGAGCCUAUACAUUUGGGAAACCUGGGGCUUUUUUGUUUCUUCCUUAAAAUUUCUCAGAAUCAAGCUGUUAUACAUGAAGCAUAUUAUGUGCAAUUUUGCUUUUCAAAUGGUAGUUUAUCAUUUACGUAAUUGGAAUAGACAUGGAUAAUUAUCUUAAUACUCUUUAAAAAUAUUCACCAAAUUCAAAAUAAGAAAAGUGUAUUUUUAAAAAUUAAACAUUUUAUGGAAAAGUAAGUUGAAUUAUAAUCUCUGAUUUAUUUUCCAUCUUCUGUUUGAUUUAAACCUUGUUAGUGCUGACUUCAUUAUAAAGUUAUACUUGAGUCUGUCAAACCUAGUUAGCUGCUUUCUUACAGAACACCUGUUACUAAAUUGAAAUUACAUAUUUGAAAGCUUUUUUUUUUUUUAAAAGAUACUAUUGCCUGGGAAAUUCUAUUCAAUAAAAUGCCAAUAAGA